GCCAUAUGUGUUGUACAAGGACAACAUGGAGCGGCCACAGAGCCAGUGGGGCCCAGGCCCGGGCUUCCUGCAGGACGGCAGCUUGUACGCCCAACAGCAGCAGCAGCAACAGCAGCAGCAACAGCAGCAGCAGCAGCAGCAACAACAGAGCAGCUCGUCGUCGGGCAGUCCGCAGCAGGCCUGCGGGCCCCCGGUCGAGGCGGACAACCCCGGCCACCCGCCGAGCUUAGCCUCGCCGGUACCCUCGCCAUACCCCUCGGCACCGCCCGACCAGCCACAGGCGCUCACGCCGCCGGAAGACGACAUACAGUCGAGCCAGCAACAGCAGUCUUCCCAGCAACAAAACGCCCAGCAGCAGCAGCAGCAGCAGCAACAGCAGCAGCAGCAGCAAGUUCAGCAGCAGCAGCAGCAACAGCAGCAGCAGCAGCAACAGCAACAGCAACAGCAGCAGGUUCAGAACGGCCAGGCACAGGAGCACUCGCCGCAGCAGCAGAUCAACUCGCACGACGUCGAGCGCAACGACUGCUUCCCCGGGUCCGGCGGCGAGCUGCAGCAGUAUCCGCAGCACUACUUCAAGGAGGCGCGGCCGCACCCGUCGCCCUCGGUGCCCCCGCACAUGCUCGCCCCCGGCGGCUUCUCCGCGCUGCACUACCUCAAGCAGCCAGGCGUGAUGCUGACGUCGCUGGGCCAGGGCGACCGGGGGCCGGGCGGCCUGGUGGACGGCCACCAGUACAGCGGCGCCUCGGCCGGGCCCAACAUGGCGGGCGGCCUGCCCGACAUCGUGCAGCAGAACGGCAAGCCGAGCAAGAGCGCCAACAGCGAGCUGCGGCUGUUCAAGUGCCUGACCUGCGGCAAGGACUUCAAGCAGAAGUCGACGCUGCUGCAGCACGAGCGCAUCCACACGGACAGCCGGCCCUAUGGCUGCCCCGAGUGCGGCAAGCGCUUCCGCCAGCAGUCCCACCUGACUCAGCAUCUGCGCAUUCACGCCAACGAGAAGCCGUACGCGUGCGCCUAUUGCGAGCGCACCUUCAGGCAGCGCGCCAUCCUCAACCAGCAUCUGCGCAUCCACUCGGACGUGAGCCCGCACCUGAUCUUCAAGAACGGGAUGACGCCGACGCUGUGGCCGCAGGACGUGCCGUUCCCUCCGGAAGAGGGCAAGGAAGAGGUAGCCUCGACCUUCGGCGACACGGACACGCAGUCGGGCGCGUUCAGUCCGGCGCCCGACGGGUCCAACGCCCAGUAUCCGACCUACUUCAAGGAUCUGAAGGGCGGCAACCACGCGGUGUUCGGCAGCGGCGGCGCCUCGGGCACGUUCGGCGCUCUGCAGUACAUCAAGCAGCAGAGCGCGAACGGCGCCAACGGCAAGUGCCUGCCCGACGUGAUCCAGCACGGCCGAUCGGCGGGCAUGCCGCUCUACGUGCGCUGCCCGAUUUGCCAGAAAGAGUUCAAGCAGAAGUCGACGCUGCUGCAGCACGGCUGCAUACACAUCGAGUCGAGGCCGUACCCGUGCCCCGAGUGCGGCAAGCGCUUCCGCCAACAGUCGCACCUCACUCAGCAUCUGCGCAUCCACACGAACGAAAAGCCCUACGGCUGCGUGUAUUGCGGGCGCAACUUCAGGCAGCGCACCAUACUCAACCAGCACUUGCGGAUACACACAGGUGAGAAGCCCUACAAGUGCCAGCAGUGCGGCAAGGACUUCCGUCAAAAAGCUAUUCUCGAUCAACAUACCAGGACCCACCAGGGCGACCGACCUUUCUGCUGCCCGAUGCCCAACUGCCGGCGGCGCUUCGCCACCGAGCCCGAAGUCAAGAAGCACAUCGACAACCACAUGAAUCCCCACGCGGCCAAGGUCAGGCGGAACUCGAGUAGCGAUACCAAGCCGCCCGGCGGAGCUGGCGCCGGCGGCGGCGUAACUGGCCUCGGCCCGGUCAGCGUCGCGCGCGGCCUCACGCCCACGGUCGUCAAACCCGAGCUCUACUUCCCGCAGUGCUACGCGCCGGCGUUCAAUCACCAACCGGCCGUCUCCUCGGCCCAGUUCCCCAGCGUCGCGCAGUCGAACGUCGUCGCCGUCACCGGCGAGUUCAAGCCGCCCACCGGCCUACCGCCCCAGUGACUAGCCGUCCACCCUGCGGCGUACUAGCAGGCAGGAAUCCCGCUGAGAUUUCAGCGGUGCCUCAGCAACGCCACCGCGCACCACCUCCAGCAGCACCAUAAGCAGCACCACGUCUCCUCCUCGUCGUCCUCCUCCUCGCCCUCGUCGUCCUCGUCGUCGCCGGACGCGCAGCCCGGCCGGUGUGCGCCCCCGCCCCCCCAGCCGCCCCCCUCGUCGCAGCAGCAGCAGCAGCAGCAGCCGCCGCCGCUGCAGCAGCUCUACCCGUGAGCGCGAGCGGAGGACGACGACGACGACGACGACGACGACGACGAGGCGCGCUCUCGCGGGCUGUCCGCGCGUGGGCCGCUCGCCUGUUGAUUAGGCGCCCGCUCUCCCGGAGAACCGCGCCGUCGCCGUUCCCCCGAUGCCGCCCCCCGCCCGCCGCCGACCCCGCCGCCGACCCCACCGCCGACUCGCGACUCCUCGUUGCUCAUCCCCCUCGCGCCGCCGAGUCUGCGUGCCGCUCCGCGUGCAAAUUCACGUAAAUGAGGUAUGAGGUAACGUAUAUACAUACAAUGCAUAUAUCAACGAAUCAAACUCGUCCGACCCCCCGUGCACGCUCGGCGAUACGCCGUGCAGAGUCCGCAUCGCUCUUUUGCUUUUCGUUCUUUCUCUUGUCCUUUGGUCUUCUUACGCAUCCUCACGAUUGUUCAAGCGUCGACACGAGUUCAACUCGAGCGAGUGUGAGCCACACGAGAAUCGCUCACAUGUUUCUGUACUUCUUCGCAUGUAUCUAUUCUUUCGAAUAUUCUCGAUUCACACUGAGUUUCUCUCGCCAAACGGGUUGAACAUGUUCGAUUUCCGACUAGACUGAAAUCAUUGUGAUAAAUAUUUAACUUGCCUAUGUUAACAAGAAAAAAAACGAUGAAAAAAAAUCAUAAACGAGAGGAAGUAUGACGAUGAUGAAUAAGGGAAUAAAGAAAAAGCGUCCGAAAUACCGAAAUAGGGUAACGAGAUACACGCAAAUGCUGAGGCGCGGAGUGCGUCCGGUGAGGAGAGGCGUCAGGAUGAAUAAAAAAGCGUCUGUACAUAUGUUUAGCGUGUACUUUAAUAUCGGAGAAUGUAAUGUUAAUCGGGUUAGCGAUAACGAGAGACAGACAAAAAAGAGGAACGGAGAUAGGAUGUCGGCGGGCAGGGAGGUGAGACAGGUGGAUCCGAAAGACUGCGCGAACGCGAGGGCUGCUGCAGGGAUGGAAUUGCGAAAGAUAAAAACGAAACUGAAAUUACACAGGCAUUUUGCACAGAAACACUCCUCACACUUACUCGGUUGAUUCCCCGAUUCACACGCGAUGCGCCGAGAAGCCAAGGCUUCGCGUUCUCGAUCGCCGAUAUACGAAAAUGAAAUGAAUACAAAUAGUUUCUUAUUAUGUGCGUGAAGCGUGAGCGAAAUACGGGGCUCCUUUUGGGAAUAGAUAUCCUGUUACGCAAUUCGAAUAUAUAUUUAUACAUAAUAGGAGCAGCAGCCGGUUAGUUUAAUUAACACAGUGACGAAUUGGAUUUUUUUUUGUUUCCUGCGUCGUUAAAUAGAGAAUCAGAUUGGUGCUGAAAAAUAAGGUGGAGAGAUGAGGAUGAGAGUAGAUAGGAAGUCUAGCAUUGGCGAUCGAGGCAGGUAGAUAAGUAAAACAGAAAGAAAAAUAAAGAAAAACGAAAUGACGGAGGGAACGUGGAAGAAGGCUGAGACACCGUAGUGGUAUAGGAUACUUAGGAUAGUCGAUAAUCAAUUGUAGCUCAAGAACAUAAAACAACAAAAUUAUUAUUGUCAUUAUCGUCGCGCUCUCGUUAAUUUUACUGUCAUCUUCCUUUAUUUUUUCAUUGAUUAUCGCCAUCAUAGUCAUUUACUUCAUUACCAUUAUCGUUAUCGUCACUUACCAUUUACCAUAAAGCAUUCAUCUUCAUCCUCAUUAUUCUCAUGUAAAUCCUCAUCUUUAUAUACCAUUAUUACGUCGUUAUUAUUGUCUUGAACGUGGUUGUCACGGACAUUCAUUCGUACAUUUUCGUGGCAAUACUUAACAAAUUUUACGUACUAGAUGGAUAGACUUUUAAAUUUCUACAUUAAGACGUGUGAUCUCUUAUUAUUGUAUAUUACACAAAAAAUACACUACGAUCUAUACUUAGUACGAGAUACGGAUAAAUAUGAAAAAUAAAGUAAAUAUAUAUUAUAUAUAUAUACAUAAAUAUAUAUAUAUAUAUUAAUUAUUAUGUAUUAGAUAUUCUAUAUAGUCUUUUAAUUUGGAGAAACAGAGAUUUGAGAUAAAAAAAAUACGUGGCCAUAUUUGCUAUGGCCUGUUCGUAGUGCCUCGUAAUUACUGCUAAUUUGUGCAGUGAUUUCAUCGUAUUUUUUAGUUAUACGUGCGUGUGUACGUAUGUGCAUGUGCAUUAUAUAAAAAUAAAUACAUAUACGUAUACAAAAAUCGCAUAUACAGAUUAUGAAGAAGAAGACAAAAAUGAACACAUUAAAUGCUUGCAAUUAAUGAUACUCUGAUUAAAUGCAGGAUAACUGUAGAGAAGAAUGAAAGAUAAAAUGCGCUCUGAAGUGUUGUGUUGAUAAUGCAAUUUUUUAUAGGAAUAUAGGUAAUUAAACCGUGUCACGCUGAAAGUGUCACGUUAAUAAAAAAAAUGAAUUCGGACGACUCAUUAGAAUAUAAGACUUGAAUUCGCGUAUACAUAUAUAAUUCGUGUACGUGCGUAAUAUACAUGUAGUGUGGAAAAAACAUAUAUAUUACGCAACACGCCAAAACGUUAAAUUUUAUAUUGCGCUUUAAUAUUGUGAUUUUUGACUCUCGAGGUCUCUUAAAAAUUUUAUGUUUAUAUAUUUUUGCUCACUUUUUAUCGAAAAAUUAAUCAACGCGAAAUAACGUUAAAAAAAAAUUAAACGUACCCGCCAAUUGACCAGUGUCUCGAUGAAAAUUCAAUGGACGAAUCGAUAUAUUUAAUAUUUCUGAUAUCUUGUCCGUAAAAAGUCUAUGCAUAAGUGGUGAUAUAAAAACUAGCUUUAUUCGAGGAUUUCGAACAAGUUAAGAACAAUUAGGCUUAGUCGUGAUUUAGACGUUAAAGAAAACGGAAACGCAUGUGCACGGAAAUUGGUGGGACACACGCCCGCGCGAACACACUUUUGGAAUAAACAAUGAGCAGCUCAAAAAAAAAAAGCAGAAAUAUUAGUGAAUCUCAAGGUCUUAGCGAUUUGCUCGAUUACAAAUACGCGAAUAAACAGCAACGAGUGGCCCAUUCUCGUUCGCCUCUUUUCUCGUUUGAAGUGUAUAAUGCAAUGUGUAAUAGUGGCGUGCGCGCCUUGUGUACAAGCACUUGGUGGUUUUCGCACAGUUCCGGUACCGAUGAAUAUAAGAAUGCUUGUGUAUACCCGCGCCAAAAAAAAGCCAUCGACGUGUAAGGUGAACCUUUCUUUUGUUGUGGAAAAAAAAAUACAACCGAAGUAUACACAGGCGAAUGAAGCAGGUUUCGAUGAUUUUCUUAAACACUUUGUUUCAUUGUUCUUCAAGAAAUAUACCUGAAACGCAAAUUUUGUCAUCAUUGCACUGAUAUCGAUGUUAAUUGGUCUUUUUCACGUUACGCGCUCAUCACUGUUUUUUAUUAUUAUUAUCAUUAAUUCCACGAUGCAAUAGCCAAUUUGCGAAUGAUGGUUCACUCGAUAGGGUUGUCUUCGUAUCUUUCUCUUUCUGCGCUGGCUCGCCAGUAAAAUACAAUAACGCAAAGCACACGCAGACACAAAACUGCCAAACCGUUCGUAACAACAUUAUCUAUAUUUUAUGACAUUGCAGCUCUGUUUUUAUACAUAUUACGCAAUCACUUGUUUUCCACUUUCACAAACGUUACGGCUGAUUAAAUGUAAUUGCAUUUGAAGGGAAGUUAAGUUUGCAUGGUUAUACAUAGACGACAUAUAUUACAAUGCUUUCAUUUUUUCUCCUUUACUGAAGAAAAGAGAAUCGACCGUGUGUGCUCGUUUUCCUUUCUUUUUCUUUUUUUGAAAUAUACAUUGUCGACUCCGGUUUAUUCAGAUCUGCUGGUUGAUGUAGUGAUAAAGGCGUGCAAUACUUGUAAUCGUUCUUGUUUCUUUUCUUUUCAUGUUUUUCCGAUAUUACCUAUAGAGAAGCAAUUAUCGAACACUAGCAAACGGGAAAAUUGCGAAUUUACAAGAGAAGAAAGAAUAUCUCGUUUUUCUAUUUUCUUAAUCGCAAGAAUCAUUCUCCUCACCUCAUUCGCCCGCACAAUGCAUACAGCUAAGCCAGUGCGCGCCGAAAUCCGCGAAGCAUUUAAAAAGAUUCCUUUUUCUUUCCAAAUAGGAUUCGUACUUAAACUCUUUGCAUUUAUUACAUUUUUAAGCGGUAAACGUGUAAAAUUAGCCGAUGCAUGUUGCAAGAUUGUUCGGACGACAUGUGGUGCACGCGCACGCACACAUACACACAUACACUCAAACUCACAAAACACACUGAUGGACACGAACAAACGAACGCGUAAGCUUGGGAUCAUUAUAAUUUGUGUUAACAGGGUGAAAAUACUUAAGGUUUUUAUUUCCUCCUAAAACUCUGUUUUCUAUUGUAUAUGUUAUUACAAAGCGAGCAGUACGACAUUUAGAAGAGGAGCAAUACGCAUAGCUUUUUUUUUUAUUAUAUACAAUAUCUAAAUUGUAUUUGAGCGUAAGCUUGUAGGUAGAUACAGAAAUCAAUGUAGAUACGGAAAGAAUCCUCGUUUUUCUUUUUUUUUUUUUUUGUAAUAUCUUUUAUUCCUCUCCAUUGCCAUCAUUGUAAUUAUUUUUAUCGCCAAUAUUACUCUUAGUUUAUCUUAUUACGGCUACUACCGCAUUCAUUACUAUGCUGCUAAUAUUAUAGUUUUAUUACGAUUCCUGAUACUGUAAUACCACUUCUUGACUCUCUUUCUCUCACUUUUUUGCGCCAUGAAGAAAAGAACAAAGGUGUACACAUACGUCACUCGUUGUGCAUUCGACGUUGACGAAGAGCACGAAAGUAGUUGUAGAAGACGAAGAAACUAAACAAAAAAACAUAAGAGUAAUGAUCGCGAGCGCGCGUGCGUGUGUACACAUUGCGAAACCGAACGCCAUUUUGUUUUGUUGAAUUGCGUCUUGCGCGUAAAUGACUACCAUUUUGUUGUUCUACACGCACACCCAUACACAUACACACGCUCCUCGAAGCGUCUAUAAAUAUAUAUAUAUAUCUAUAGGCAUAUGGUGGCUGCUUCUCGUAGUCACAGGCUUCAUCUCCUUGGUGUGCGUGUGCGUGUGUAUGAUGUAUACGACUAUAAUGCCAUUUUUGUUCUCAUUUAAGAAAGGAUAUGCGACUGUUUUUUUUUCCUUUUUUUUUAAUAAUUAUUAUUUUGUACAUUCUUUUCUCGUCGAACGCUCGAUUGUCGCGUGUUGUUUUUUGUCGAUAUACCGCAAUAGAAGCGAAUAGCGAAAAAGACACGUGGAAUUCAUUGUUUUCUUUUUUUGUGCAUGAAAAAUCGUUUCACCCUGAAAAUCUUUUAUUGUUUCUUGUCUAUUGUAACACACCGGAAUGAUCCGCCAACUGCUGCAAAAUAAUUUUUUCUGAAAAGUCGCACGGAGAAAAAGAGAUUUUCAGUUGUCACGAAGACGAGCGAUUUUUUAUUAUUUGACUUGUAACAAUUGAUCUGCAUCGUGCCAUAAGCGUCUAGUUUAUUGUUAAUUUUUGGUCUUUCAGUUGUAAAGAAGACAGCAAUCGAGGAGGGACUUGCAACGACUUUCCUCGCUCGUGGAAAGAUUUUUUAUUUUCUGAAAAAAGAGCGCCAGAAAAAUGGUCCCACCACGAUCGUUGUCUUCGGAUGUUUGUGCGUGCGUACACGUGACUGCGCGACGACGGGCGUCGACAAAUUGAUGUUUCUUUCGUCCCCGCGCGUCCUGCGAGGUUGCUUGCGAGAAAAGCCGAUUUAAGCGAAAAACAAUACACACAGAAGUCUUCCUUUCUUGUAAACGUCGAGGCGCGGGGCAAGAUAAUAAAAAAAGAAAUAAAAAUAAAAUAAAAUAAAAUAAGGAAAGCCCAGUGCAGCAGCGUUGCGUCGAAUCGAACGCAGAUACAAUAAUUGUCGAAAGGAGCGAAGCCACGGCAAAUCGAUACCACAAUCAUUGUUUUUUAUGCAAAUAUAUAACUGAAUGGAGAUAUACAUAUACAGAUGAUAUAACAGAAAUAUACUUAUAUUGUUGAUAAAAGCCAAUCUUGUUAUGUGUUUGUUGUCGCGCUAGCCCAGAAGCGCGUAAAGGCGUUCGUUCGUAUGUACACCCGCGAAUGCAAAUAAGAAACCACCAACGUUGCUCGCCAAACGCUCAAUACAGCCAUCGUAUAAAUAUAUAUUAUAAAUACAUAUUAUAUAUACAAUCACGAACUUAGCCAGUAAGCUCGCGCAUAUAUUUAUAUAAAUACAGUACACAAGACGAACGGGUGGAAUCGGAUAAUCCCUAUUACCUCCUACAAUAGACAGAUGGGAUAUUGUUUUUUAUUGCUCGUUUUUUAUUGAAGUAUAAUAAUAAGACUUAUAUUUCUUGUGACCUGGUGGUGACGCGGCGGUACAUACACAACUCUCGGCUAGGGCGAUCAGCAAUUUCUUUAAUACUCUCACCGCCGCCUUCCUUUGCUUUCUUCUGCGGCUUUCGUCGCGCGCGCUCGCCCGAAAUUUCCCAAAGUCCGCCCGGCGCACGCUGCUGCGCGCCAAGCUUUCGUUUUGUUUCGCUUGCCCUCGCGCCUUCGAUUCGCUUCUUCUUUUAUCUCUCUCUUAACUUUACUCUACGACUUGUCCAAUCACGAGAACCGAGUGCAAUACGAUGGAGCUGCGCAUGGAAAUCAAAUUUCUUUUUAUUAUUAUUAUUAAUUAUUAUUAUUAUUAUUAUUAUUAUUAAUAUUAUUAUUAUUAUUAUUAUUAUUAUUAUUAUUAUUAUUAUUAUUAUUAUUAUUAUUAUUAUUAUUAUAUUAUUGUGUGAGGCGAUUAAAGGAGUAUGAGAAAAAUUGAGAGUGAAAUUCGCGUAUGAUAAGACUUUUUA